AUUAGUUUCAAUAUGGCGGCUUCCAUGAAAGGCAUGGAUUGACUGGAACUGUGAUUGUCAACACCACAUCACGCACAGAGGCAGUAAAUAAUUCAUCUAAUUGGUCUUUGUAUGAGAAAAACUUGUAAUUGGCGCCCAUUAUGAAAAGAAAACAGAUUUCUAAGAAACACGACACCAACACUAGUUCUGUUGAUGACGAAAAUGGGAAUGGGUCACCUGAACUUGCAGAAAAUGUCUCUGAAGUGUCUGACGACAGCGACAUCGAAAGCAUGAACAAUGACCACCAGACAGAGGCUGAAUCAUCUGGUGAACCACCGGGGAAAAGGGCAAAAAUUUUCAAGAAGGAUCUGUACAGACCCCCUACUAAUGAGGAGUUGAACCAGUUGAAGGAAACCCAAAAUUUGUUUCACUCCAGCUUGUUCAGAUUGCAGGUGAAUGAACUACUAAAGGAGGUACAGGUCAAGGCCAAGCGACAGAGACAGAUAGAGGUAGCCGUGGAAACGGUCACACAAAUGAUCAAAUCUCUCAAGAAAAGUGUAGAACAUGAGCUGCAGUCACAGAAAUGGCUGAAGAACAUCAGGGUUCCUAUCCAUCAGAGACCCAGAGCAGUGAAAGGCAGGUUCCAGUUUCUACCCCCCGUGGAGAUACUGACCACUGGUAGUGUUGUGACCGGGACGUGUAUCAAACCUCGCGUCACAGUGGACCUGGUGUUGGUCAUUCCAAAGGAAUGUUUUCAAGAGAAAGACUUCAUGAAUCACCGCUAUCUCCGUAAGAGAGCAAUUUAUUUAGCUGUCAUCGCCAAAAGGCUGCAGGAGAUCCAUGGCUUACAGAAUCUGAAGUACUCGUACCAUAACGGGAAUUCUCUGAAACCCUGUCUGAUUGUUGAAUACCAAGAUGGUGAGCACAAACCUGUCUGCUUGAGCAUCACUGCUGUACCGGAGGACGGGGUGUUCAAGAUGAACCGAUUUCACAUCGAUAAGAAUAACGUUCGACGUCAGUGGUUCAUGGAGGAAGAGGCAGGAGACUCUGACACAGAUAAGACAUACCCUACACCAUUUUAUAACAAUUCCGUCUUACAAGAUCUAGCAUGGUCAAAGAACACAAGCUUCCUACAGAAAACAUUGGGAGAUUCCCAGAGUAUUAAAGAUGGCAUUGCUCUCCUCAAAGUCUGGCUUCGACAAAGGGAGCUCACCAUUGGUUCAGGGGGUUUUUCUGGCUUUUUAGUCUCAACUUUUGUGGCAUAUUUAAUCACACAACGGAAAAUCAACCAACUGAUGAGCAGCUACCAAGUCAUGCGAAAUGUACUCCUUCAUCUAGCCCAGACAGAUUGGACCAAGGAGCCGGUGACCCUCUGUUCAACCUUUGACCCCUAUGACCAGCCUGACCCUUGCCUGUUUUACGCACACUUUAGUGUUGUGUUGGUGGAUGUUACUGGUUACGUUAAUUUGUGUGCUGAUGUCAGUAAAGGUCUCUAUGAUAGGGUUCGACAAGAGGCUGGCUUGGCAGUCAAGUUCCUAGAGGACCAUACAUUGGACAGCUUCACUGCGCUCUUUAUAACCCCGGUGGACUUUCUCAGGAAGUUUGACAUCACGUUCCACAUCCAAAACAUUUCAAAAACUGAAGUGGAUAAAUUACAGAGAGAGGACAGAUACAUUGACUAUGGUGGGAAUUUUAUACAGGCCUUGAAGCCGGACGUUCACACUCUGCUGUGUCGAGGCCUCGGAAACCGAGCCUCUGUGGUACAGUACAGGCAGUUCCCAGUGCCGCAGUGGGAUGUAACAUGUGAUCCUCCCUCCCAUGAGUCUGCUGACCCUGUUAUGAUUGGACUACAGUUAGAUCCAGAGUUUGCAUUCAGCGUUCUGGACAAGGGACCAAUAGCAGAUUCUGUAGAGGCGAAAGAGUUCCUGAGUUUCUGGGGUGAAAAGAGUGAGCUGCGACGAUUUAAAGAUGGCAGUAUUUGUGAGACUGUGCCCUGGUCCAAGAAAUCUCUCCUGUCAGAGAAAAGGAUGGUGUGUUGUAGAAUUGUGCAGCACAUUUUGGAGAGGCAUGCUGGAAUAAAAUCAAAGUCGAUGAAAUGCUUUAUAGAUCAGCUUGAUCCCCUGUUACAGUACACUGUAACCAAUAGUUCUGAUGAUGUAGGCAUUUAUGGAACUGGUGAGGAACAACAUAACGAUGUGAUACAAAAAUACGACGAGCUCUGCAAACUUCUGAGGAAUCUAAAAGAUCUUCCGUUGUCCAUCAACUCCAUUCAGGGAUCAUCUCCUGUCUUCAGAUACUCAGAGGUAUUCCCGCCUUUGCCAGCUACUUGCAAGAAGGACAGUGAUAUAGAGAGUGAGGGGAGGGACCUACCGAAGAACUACAACAAACUUUGUCCGGAUUUCAUCAUGUCUCUCAAAGUGAUCUGUUUACUGGAGGGUAGUGGCAAAUGGCCAGAUGAGAAGCAGGCAUUUAAUCGACUGUUGGCUGCCUUCCACAUUCAACUAGCAGACUGUCUAAAGACACAGUACAGAUUACCGGUGUCUGUGUAUCCACGGCACGUAGACGUCGUCAAGGAUAACUAUGUCUUCCGUAUCAUCAUGGGCUACACACGAGAGAUUGCGCUGACUAAGAUGGUCAAGACGCCGGAGGGGAUGGUAAAAUAUAAGGACAAUGAUGAGGCUCUGGCUCUGGAGAGAGAAAUUCUGGGACUCCCCAAGCUCACCAGCACCCUUCACGGCAUUCAACAGCUCCAUGCAUCGUUUAGUUCCACGAUGAGAUUGGCCAAGAGAUGGCUGGCUGCCCAGCUCCUGACAGACUUUGUGGCAGACGAAGCUGUAGAAAUUAUCGUGGCUCACCUAUAUCUCCAUUCUGCUCCAUACACCCCUCCCAGCACUCCAAUGGUGGGGUUCCAGCGUUUUCUCUACCUAGUGGGAUACCACGACUGGAAAUCUAACCCUUUAAUGGUCAAUUUCAACAAUGAAUUCACAGCCGAGGAUCUGAAGGAGAUUCCGUCCCAGUUCCACAAGGACAGGUCUUCUCAACCGCUCAUGUUUCUGUCCACACCAUUUGAUAAACACAGUUCUUGUUGGACAAAAAGGUCACCCAGUGCCCCCAUACUGCAGAGACUGGUUCUGUUGGCACAGAAGUCACUGAGCAUGCUCAACAAACUCCUACAGGAAGAAGAGGACAAGAUCUGCUUCAAGCUGUUAUUUCGGCCUCCAUUAGAGAUGUAUGACCUCAUCAUCCACCUGUCAUGGAAACAGUCACCACGACAACAUGAAUCUGUGGAUCAGGAGAAUAGCCAGCUUCCAUCAAACGUCAGGAAGUAUGUCAAGAAAGUGACGGAAAUCGAGGACAGGCUACAACAUUUUCCCGUGUAUGACUAUGAUCCUCCGCGACUGUACUUGAAUGAGUUAAAGGCGAUGUACAAGGACUUUGCUCUGUUUUUCUACGACAAAUAUGGAGGGAAGUACAUAGCUGUAUUGUGGAAACCUACAGCAUUUACUGCAAAGGAUUUCAAGGUGUCAAACUUGAAUGGUAGGAAAGUGCAGCCCGAGGACGGCAACAUUACUGUGGUUCCCAAUGUGGAGGCCAUUAUUGACGAUUUCAGAAUUCUGGGGAGAGGCCUAGUGUCACACAUACAGCACAAUAAAAGAGAUUCUUAGUCUCGGAAUUCCGAGAAGAGGGCUAGUGUCAUACAUACAGCACAAUAAGAGAUUCUUAGUCUCGGAAUUCCGAGAAGAGGGCUAGUGUCAUACAUACAGCACAAUAAGAGAUUUUUAGUCUCCGAAUUCCGAGAAGAGGGCUAGUGUCGCACAUACAGCACAAUAAAUAGCAAUAUGCUGUGUAUACAAUAACAGGAAAUAAUAAGAAAUGUGUACCUUCUGACAACACGAUAAUGGAGUACCAAUGAAGUCGUUCAACUUGACUCACUUUCAGCAAAGCAAUUUGUAACAUGUUAUUCAUCAUUAAAUGUUUACAUCAACUCC